GCCCCGGGUUAUGUUUGUCCGAGGUUGUCAAGUGAAGGAGGCUCCCAGGCGCCGUGUUUCCUAGCUGCUGCCUGCGCCGCUGGUGCCCCCUUACACCGGAGCCGCCGCCAUCAGCCGCGGCAGCCAGCAGGGCCGGCUCCAGCCGCCCCCCGGAGGAGGCCGGCAGUCGGGGGCACAGUCCGGCGCUGCUGUGAAGCCCCAGAGCGGGUCCCAUGCGCCCGGCGCGGCCUGGGGAGCCGCCCCCUCCGCCUGUCUGAGCCCCGUGCGAGCCGCGGCGGCGCCCAGACACGCCACGGUAGGGCGAUCGGGGCGGGCGGGAGGCAGGGACCAGCAGGCCCGGCUCCAGCUGCCGUCUUCCCCCACCCCCAUCUCCCUGCCGGGGGGCUGCGCUUUGUGCGAAACCCGCCUUUACUCCUCUUCUAGCCGCGUGUGUUUGUUUCCCAGCCGGGCUCUGUGAGUGUGUGUGUGUGUGAGAGGGAGAGGCGCCCGCAGGCAGGCUUUGCUGGGUUGUGGCAGGGAGUAGGCAGGCAUCCCGGUGAUUCCCCCCUCCCAGGCCUUCCAUCUAUUCCCCACCCCCAAAGCCUCUUCCCCGGGUCUGUCCCGGUUUGCGGUGGCUCUCCCCCUUCCUGGCAUGUGGAUGGAUGUGUGCAGCGCUUUGUUCGGUGCAGCGUUGCAGAGGGGUUUUCCCAGGCUCCUCCCUCUUUAUUCAUUCAUGUUUUUCCCCUUUGCAACUUGUGUUUGCACUUCUCAUCAUUUCGUGCUUCUCUCGCUCUCUGCAUUUUUUUAAUCUUUCUUUUAUUAUUAUUAUUUUUUAAAUCCUUGCCUCUAACUUACUUUGCUGGUGAUCAUGGUAUGGCCAUGUUUUUAGGGCAGAUAACUGAGGAGGAAAAAGAAGAUUUCAGAUUUCUUUAGUUUUUAAAAGAUUUCUACCUGUACCUUUGCUACUGCCUGAUUUUCCCCUCCCCCCGCAGCCAAAAAAUCUUAUUAUUUUUUUGCUGGUGGAAAGCUAACCUAUGGAGUUUUAAAUAUUAUGUAACAUGUCACUUGUGUUGCAACUAAACACUAGGAGAUGUUCUAAGAAGCCCUGUUCAAAUAUAUGUCAACAUUUUGAAACUUACUUGGAUGCUUAACUUUAAGCACUUAAGUGGUAUACCUUUUCCAAAGGUGCCAGGUGAUUACCCAGAGCUCUCACUGGAGUUUAUUAUUAUCAUCAGGAUUCAGAGAUGCUCAGCACCUUUUAAAAUUUGGCUACUGAUGUAGGUGCCUAACUUCAGUCACCAAAGCUUGAACAUUUUAAUGCACAUGGAUUAAUUGACCCCUUUGGCAGAUUUAUGGAGCUGCCUUUCCUCUGCUUGCUCUACUUGCUAUAUUGGGGAGGAGAAAGUGGCCUCUGAUUAAAGCAAAAUGCCUCGGACAAAACAAAUACAUCCCAGAAAUCUGAGAGACAAAAUUGAAGAAGCACAAAAAGAACUUAAUGAGACAGAAGACCAGCAGAAAGAGGCUGGUACUAGAGGAACUUCAGAUACAGUUAAAGGCGUGAAACGGAAAAAGAUUGUAACUGAAAACCAUCUGAAAAAGAUACCAAAAUCACCUUUGAGAAACCCCCCUCAGGCCAAGCAUAAACAAAAUGUAGAAGAAUCUUCAUCAUCUAAAAUUCUUCCUGAUGCUUCGGAACACUUACAGGCAAAGAAUCAGUUACCUAUACAAAAUGGAAAACAAUGUGUGAAACAAAAUGGGGAAACACAUAGUAGCAAGGUAACUGAUGAAACAGUCACAUCUGAGACAUCGAUGCAGACAAAUCUUUCAUUGUUACGUAAGUCCUUGGAUUUGAGUAAAUGGACAGCAGAAGACUGUGAUACAAGCCAAUUAAACUUGCCAGAGAAGAAGCCUCUCUCUAAUUCCUUGUCAAGUAAAUCAAAGACUGACAAUAAUGAAUGUAUUACUUUUGUUGAUUGUAGUACUUCAUCCUCAGGUACAAGUACUGCAUUUGAUGUCUUAUUAAAAGCUAUGGAGCCUGAACUGAACAUCUUAGCACAAGAGUGUCCUCCUUGUGGGAUGCAAAUAGAAAAAGUGAGACCAAAUAAAACUACAAGCGCCUCUUCAAGUCUCACAUCCAAUACAAUGAGUGUCCAAAAUCAUUUUUCUUUGUCACAGCAAGAGUUUGUAGCUGGAUCGCACUACUACCCUUCACAUAAUGUGCAUGCAGUAACAUCAGGGAAGAGUGAACAAGCACAGACCCAGUCAAUUUCUCAUUCACAAGAACAAUUUAUUGCUAAAACUGGACAGCAAAAUCAACAGAUUGUUGUGUGUCCAGGUUUCACUAGAUCACUGGUACGUCAGCAGGGUCAAGAAAACCCCAAACUCCAACAGAUAUACAGUAUAGCAGUAACCUCUUCUGUAGUACACCCCCCCUCUUCUACUGUUGCUCAGGUUUUUCCUCAAAACCAGCUGGUAGCUAGUUCAUCUUCAUCUUUGUCAAUUAAUCCAUCUCAUUCAACACACUUACCUGUAGCUCCCCUGUAUAAUUCAGCCCAAAUAGCAUCAGUUGUCAACCAUGGUGUAGAACAAGUAUGUAAUCUUCUGAAAGACCAGAAGCCUAAAAAACUAGGAAAAUAUGUUUGCGAGUAUUGUAAUAGGGCUUGUGCCAAGCCUAGUGUUCUCCAAAAGCAUAUCAGAUCCCAUACAGGAGAGCGACCGUAUCCUUGUGUGACAUGUGGAUUUUCAUUUAAAACCAAAAGUAAUCUAUACAAGCACAAAAAAUCUCAUGCACAUGCAAUCAAACUUGGACUUGUCCUACAGCCGGACUCUGGUGGUUUAUUCCUAUCCCAUGAAUCAGAUAAAGCACUUAGUAUUCAUUCAGAUGUGGAAGAAAGUUGUGAAAGUGAAGAUGAAGGCACUGCUGAUGAAAGACAAGAUGAUCAAGGAUCCUUAGAACUGGAACCUGCACAAAUAAUGAAAAUCAUUUCAAAUUCUGAAACGUUGCGGAAAGGUAGCCCCGUUCCACUAAGCAAUCCAAACUAUAUAAUAGGUGACUCUUCAUUGCAUGACACAGAACCACAAGUUAGGGCAGCGUUACCUAAAGUAGUAGUUCAUCCUGUGAAUGUUUCUCCAUUAAGGGCUGAUAGUCCAGAAGUAACAGACUCCACACCUGAGCUUGCUGCAGCACAGAGACAAGGAGAUUUUAAAGUUACAAAUAUAAAAUCAAAUGUAACACACAUGGUCUCUUUCAAGGAAACCGAUGGUAAGCACCACCAGAAAAUAGAAAUGGGUUCAUUAGAAGAACAGCUUGGGUCUGCUGUAGGAACAGUGCAUGCACAGUUACAAAGGCAACAGGCAACGGAUUGUUCCCAGGAACAAGGAAAAUGUCUUUUGAGCCCUAGGAGUUUAGGUAGCACUGAUUCUGGUUACUUUUCACGUUCUGAGAGUGCAGAUCAAACAAUGAGUUCACCAACUCCUUUUGUCAGGGGAUUGCCUAUCUCUGAAAAAGACCCAAAUAAAAAUCUGCCCUCUGUGCCACAAAUAAGUUCCACAGUGGCAUCUGUUGUACAAACAGUUUGUGCUGAAAAACAUUUACUUCUCUCUGGUCAAAUGCGACCACCAAUGGCAACAAAAACACUUGAGGAACGCAUCUCAAAGUUAAUAUCGGAUAACGAAGCUGUAGUGGAUGACAAACAGUUGGACAGUGUGAAACCGAGAAGAACAUCUCUUUCAAGAAGAGGCAGUAUAGACUCACCAAAAUCAUACAUAUUUAAAGACUCCUUCCAGUUUGAUUUAAAACCGAUGGGAAGAAGAACUAGUUCAAGCUCUGACAUACCAAAAUCUCCUUUCACACCAACUGAGAAAUCAAAGCAAGUUUUUCUUCUGUCUGUACCAUCCCUUGACUGUUUACCUAUAACCAGAAGUAAUUCUAUGCCUACUACCAGCUAUUCAGCUAUACCUGCAAAUUUAAUACCACCUCCUCAUCCAAUUAGAGGAAGUCAGUCAUUUGAUGAUAAAAUUGGCUCUUUGUAUGAUGAUGUCUUUAUAUCAGGACCUGUCACUCCACUGCACCAAGGGGGGCAUACUCGCACUCUUGUUAGACAGACAGCAAUAGAAGACUCCUCAACUAAUGAAAGCCAUGCUCUCGGCCCAGCACGAUCUGUAGAAGAAGGUUAUCAUGGAUGCAAUUUGUCUAAUGAACUCUCAUUACCAAGGAGCAAGUCACUUGCACAAGUAUCAAAUUUGGAAAAAGUAAAGAAGUCACAUCCAGGGCGAGGGACAAUGUUUGAGUGUGAAACUUGUAGAAACAGAUAUAGAAAACUGGAGAAUUUUGAAAACCACAAAAAGUUUUAUUGUUCAGAGUUGCAUGGACCAAAAACCAAGGCAGCUAUCCGAGAGCCUGAACAUAAGAUAGUCCCCAGCACUACACAACCUCAAAUUCUGCACUACAGAGUUGCCAGUUCAACUGGUGUCUGGGAGCAGACACCGCAGAUACGAAAAAGAAGGAAAAUGAAAAGUGUUGGCGAUGAUGACGAGCCACAGCAAAAUGAUACUGGGAUACCAUCAAAGAGUACGGAGGGUCAAAGUAAGCCAGGAGACUUUCCCAGUAUAUCUAAACCUAAUGCAACAAUAGUAGGUUCACAACAGCAUGGUAGCAUUCUGCUUCAAAGGUCUCAAGUUCAGCUUGUGGCUCGAGGCACAGAACAAACCACUGAGCCAAAGAUCUCUCCACUUAUGAAAAAGCAGACAAGUUCAGUUGCACAAGAAAAGGUAGAGUUGAAAAGACAAGGAACUGGCAUUUCAGUAAUACAGCACACUAAUUCAUUGAGCAGACCCAGUUCAUUUGAGAAAUCAGAAUCUUUUGAAAGAGUUUCACCAGUUUCUUUUCAAGAGGUUAAUAAGGCUGAGAAGCACCAUUCUUUGAACACAGUUGUAAUUCAAGAGGAAAGGCAUUCUCAUCUGAAUACUUCCCAGCAUCAUCAGUCAGUGUCAGCAGAAGCACCCAGAGUAGAACUUCAGGAAAGUCAAAUAGUCUCUAAUGAAAGAAAUGCAGUAAUGCAUCCAUUGAAACUAGUUCGCCAACAUAACAUCCAGGUUCCUGAAAUACUGGUCACGGAAGAACCAGACAGGGACCAGGAAAACCAAUUCAGUGAUCAGGAAAAAACAGAGAAGUUUAAUUGGCCUCAGCGUAGUGAAACUCUGUCAAAAUUGCCAACAGAAAAACUGCCACCGAAGAAGAAAAGGAUCCGGUUGGCUGAAAUUGAGCAUUCUUCAGCUGAAUCAAGCUUUGACUCCACACUUUCUAGAAGUAUAAGUCAGGAGAGUAGUUUAUCUCAUGCCUCUAGUUUCUCAGCUUCAUUUGAUAAAGAAGAAAUUUCUAAAACUGAGAAUGCUUCCAAAAUAGAUCUUAAUAAAUCAUCAGAAUUCCUUACGAUUCCAGCUGGCUCAAAUACACUUGGUGUGCCUGGUCCUCCUUGCAGGGAAAUGAGACGUGCUGCAUCAGAACAAAUUAACUGCACACAACCAUCCAUGGAGGUUGUAGAUUACAGAAGUAAAUCUUUUGAUUGUGGAAAUAUGUCUUCAUCAAAACCUACGCCACUUGUAGAGAUAUCCUCUCCAAAGUUGUCUUCUGGCUGUGGAGUUACCGGACAUGUGCCUCUGUUAGAAAGGAGGAGGGGGCCACUUGUAAGACAAAUAUCUUUAAAUAUUGCUCCAGAAAACCAUCUGCCUCAAGUUAAAUCUUCAUCUUCAUUUCAAAUAGCUCAUGCAACGGACGUGUCUACAGUACCAUUUCACAGGCUGAAGACCUCUAGUAGAACUUCAGUGGAGUUUCCUUCAAGUUCUCAGCACUCACAGACUUACUCUAAGCCGUUACAUGAGUCUCAAUCAAUAACUCAGAACUGUAACCCUCUUAGCCUCCCUUCUGUUCAGCAGCCUUUAGGUCCUGUUUUGCAUAAUCAGGGACAGCAGCCCUUAACACAGCAUUCACAGACUUCUCUUAAAGUACUGGCCCCAGGAGAACAAGCAGACACAAACACCUUUUCUUGUCAGUCUGUUGAAAAGGAGUAUUACUUUGCUCCCAAGUAUCAGCUUCAAGUUAAAGCUCUGCAUGUAAGUACGUCGUAUUCUUCUAAACCAAUAACAACUGCUUUCCCAAUCCACACUCUUCCAAGUCAAAUUAGUGUGGAUCAGAGUGGGACUUCAUUAUCUGUACCUACUAAAUUAGCUGACAGUAUGUCUAAUCUGUAUUCAAUGCCUCCCCAAAAACAUAUGAUACCUGAAAACUCCAGUGGUAAAAUAUAUCAAAUCCCACCUUUUGUGGUGCCUGUUCGUGUUCAUAGUAAUGUUCCAUCUUAUGGAUUUGCUACUGUUACACCUCUUCCCCAAAUUUUAGUGACGCAGGAUCAGGUAAAUUCGUCUGUCUGUAAAACAAAUGUUGUGACAGUGCCAACUCUUGAAGGGAAAACGCCGCUGCCAAAAUUACACAGAGAUCAUCAGAGGGUUUUGCCAAAUCUACAGUCAGCAUCUCUAUUUGAUCAUUCAUUUUCUGAGACUGGAAGCAGAAAUUCACCUUUGUCAAGUUCCUUGAAUAUUAUUCAGAAAUUGCCAGUUAGUGGACUCUUCCCCCAACAAGAAGCUACAGCAUCAAGUAAACGCAUGCUUUCACCAGCCAAUAGUUUAGAUAUUGCCAUGGAAAAACACCAAAAGCGUGUUAAAGAUGAAAGUGGAGCAGCUUGCACAACAGAUGCUAGAUCAAUGUAUCCAUUGAACAUUCGAGCCAAUGACCCUAAUAGGCAAAAGAAACCAGUAUUGGUGCGACAGAUUUGCACCACAGAGCCUCUUGAAGGUCUCUUAUUAGAGCCUGAUGUUAUUCCACAAUAUGAAAAAAGCAGCAAAGAUAGCAAUUCACCAGAUGUGCUGUUGACUGACCAACAUUCAUCUGAAAGUGUUAAAACUGGAGUUUCUGAAACCAUAAAGGAGUCACCAGAAUUUGAAAAUCUUACAUCUUCUGCACCUCCAAGUUUUGAAGUUAAAAAGCCAUCUGAACCUUCUGCAGUGAAUAAUCAGACUUCUCUUCUGAAGGCUUUAAGUAACAGUCAAGAAAGGUGGUCCCCACGGGUUAAUAAUGAGGACACAAAUUUUAAUACCCAAGGCCAAGCAAACUCUGGAACUACUCUGUCUGUGGCAAAUGCAGGGGAUACACAACGGUUGUCAUUUCCAAGCCUAAAGACUUCAACAAAUUUUACAUGGUGUUAUCUGUUAAAAAGAAAGCCAUUACAUCUGCUACAAAAUGACCAAAAAACUUCAGCAUAUUCUACUUGGACUAUUAGUCUCAACAAUCCCAAUCCACUUGGUUUGUCAACAAAGGUUGCUCUUUCCCUCCUAAAUUCAAAACAAAAAGCUGAAAAACCACUAUACACUCAAGCAAUAACAACUCAUGCCAGAUCCGACGUAUUGGUUUACUCAAGCAAGUGGAGGAACAGCUUAACCAAGCGGGCAUUAAAUAAAAAAAAAAUGACUCCAAGUGAAUUCAGCAAUAAAGAAAACUCUGAAACGAGCACUGAGUACGAUAAAGAAAAUUCCUUUACCAAAACCGAACCAAGAAGAGUUAAAAUAUUUGAUGGAGGGUACAAAUCAAAUGAAGAAUACGUGUAUAUUCGGGGAAGAGGAAGGGGAAAGUAUAUCUGUGAAGAAUGUGGUAUACGUUGUAAGAAACCAAGUAUGUUGAAGAAGCAUAUUCGUACGCAUACAGAUGUCCGUCCUUACCACUGCAACUACUGCAACUUCUCCUUCAAAACUAAAGGAAACUUGACAAAACAUAUGAAGUCCAAGGCACACAGCAAGAAAUGUACGGAUUUAGGAGUUUCAGUAGGCUUAAUAGAUGACCAGGAUGGAGAAGAAUAUGGUGAGAAGCAAAGGUUUGGCUGUGAUCGAUCAGGAUUUGAUGUGGAGGAUUCUGAUGGCCCGGAGGAUGAUGACAAUGACAAUGAAGAUGAUGAUGAAGACAGCCAAGCUGAAUCAGUCUUAUCUACAACCCCCUCAGUUACCGCCAGCCCUCAGCAUCAUCCAUCUAGAAACAUCCUACAGGAGACCACAAGUGCUGAUGAAGACAUCAGAAUUACAGACUGCUUUGCUGGGGUCCACACAGACUCUAUGGAUGGUCUACCUAAAGCACUACUUACAAAGAUGACUGUACUCAGUACAGUACAAUCAGACUGCAGGAAUUCCAGGUCACCAAUAGCAAUCGCACAUCAAGAAGCAAAAGAAGAGAAAAUACAAGACAAGGAAACAAGUAUAGAGCCUACCAUCUCCCCUGGCCCUUCUCCUAGAUCUCCAUGUCAUCAGAUGUCUGUAGAUUAUCCAGAUACAGCAGAAGCUUUGGGAAGUUCUGCAACACCAACUACUGUUGUUUCAAAGAGCACAGCGCCUGUGCGGCUUCCCUCACCACCCGUGGACCAAAGCACGCAGACAACAAUGGUGGUUCCUUCAGCAGCCUCGCCCUAUCCUGACAUCCAAGAAGAGAAGCUGCAUGCCACGGAACUGACAGCUCCUCUGACUCAUUUAUUUAGCCACCUUCCAUUGCACUCACAGCAGCAAGCCAAGACACCUUAUGGUAUGAUCCCAGUAGGGGGAAUUCAUGUGGUCCCUGCUGGUCUAGCCACGUACUCCACAUUUGUACCAAUUCAAGCUGGGCCAGUGCAACUCACCAUUCCUGCUGUUAGCGUGAUUCACAGAACUACAAGUGCGCUUGGUGACACGGCACGUGCAGUCUCUGCCACUGCAAAUCCACUCGGAGUUGCUGAAGUGAACAGUGUUUUGCCAUGUAUUCCAAUAGGUCAGAUUAACGGGCCAAGCGUCCAGAGUCUGAGUGCACCAAGCUUACAACCUCUUCCACCGUUAGGCAUGGAGACAGUGAACAUAUUAGGCCUGACAAAUACAAAUAUAGCCCCUCAAAUACAUCCUUCAGGACUCACGCUAAAUGCUGUGGGACUACAAGUUUUGACUGCAAACCCUUCUCCUCAGAGCAACCCCAGCCCUCAUACACACAUUCCAGGCCUGCAGAUACUGAAUAUAGCACUGCCUACGUUGAUCCCUUCAGUCAGCCCCGUAACUACAGAUGGGCAAGGAGUUCCAGAAACACCAGCUUCCAGUAACAAAGCCUGUGAAAUUCACCAAGAGCGGACUCCUGUGAGUUUUCCUGCAACUGACAGCAAUCCGAUCACUAGUGCUUUAUCUCCUCAAGCGGCACCGACGGGCCCUUGGUACAACGUAAAAAAAGUUGCAGAGCCUUUUCCUUCGAAGGAGUAUGAAAGACUCGAUGGUCCUGGAAAAACAGAUACUGAAAAGGCUGACCCAGUAAAUCAUGUCAAACCAAAGUGUGAUGUCAUUUCCAUUCAGGUCAAAAGGGCUUCCACCUCAGAACCCCUCUUGAAGGUGAAUUCUGAAGUUUUAACCAAGUCCCCAGUCCAUCAAACUCUCUCUCCAAAGAGACAGGUACAUAGGCCAGCAGGAUUGCCGCGAAGGCAGAAUACUGUACAGUUUAGUGAUGGCAGCAGUGAUGAUGAGGACAGACUUGUAAUAGCAACCUAGAUUUUUUUAUUAUUAUUAUAACACUUACAGGUUUCUUUGCAAACCUUCUUUUCCUUAAAGCACAUUUUUCUGACACAAACUCAUUACUAAUCUUUGUGCAAUCAUGAACUCUUGACCAAUAAUUGUUGUUUCUCGUCAGCUCCAGCCAUUCUUGUACAUGUUGUAUAGACAAUUGUGCCUUUUUGGAGUUUUAUGUUUAGAAAACUGUACAGAUUGUUGAAAAUAUAUAUAAAUAUAUAUAUAUAUAUAAUAUGUAUAUUAAAACCAGGUAGUUGCUUGUGUUUAGUAAGUAAAAACAUCUUAUGUCAGAAAAACUAAAAUGAUUAAAUUAUAUGUUGCACUGUUAAAUGUAAAUUUUUAUGGCUGUGGGGCAAAGUUUCUGUGUACAGAUCUAGUAUGUAAAACUCCAUAUUUAUUGUAUCCAUAUUAGUCUUGGAACAAGGGUCUGUCCAUCUUUCUUGUGUAAGACAGUAGCUUUACACUUAAAACAGAAUACAGUAUCUGUGUUAUGAAAUAUUACAGUAAAAUUUUGUUUACUGACUUUA